AUGUGGAAGCCAGGGACAGCCAAGCCCAAGAACAAGAAUAAACGCAAGUCCCCCAGUCGCAGCAACAGUCAAGGCAGCGGCCAACCGUCAGCGCCCGCAAAGGACAACAAGAAGAAAGACAAUGUUCCAGACACGGGUCCUACCGCUGAAGCGUCAGCAGCUGCGUCUCAAAAGAAAUUGUCGGGUGCUCUGAUGAAUAUGAAAUUCAUGAAACGAACCAGCAACCGUCGACAGCCACAGCAGCCAACCAAGGAGACUCCAAAAACUCAAGAGACCAAGACAACGCCUGAUAAUGAUGACGAUCCCAUGGAAGUGGAUACGGCACCCAUUGUGGCACAUUCUCCACUGGUAGUACAGCGACAACAUCAACAACAACAAUCAAUCCCACACGAACAGUUAUUGGUGGAUGCGACCGCUACCAAUACUGACAUGUACGGUUUGUCCGUGGCGGUGAUUGGUCGUCGAUCCUUUGGCGGAUUCAAUCGUCCCGUCGAAGCAUCCUGGAAGGCUUCCUACAGAGCGCACAAGGAAGGCAUCAUCGACACUAACAGCAACAACAACAAUGAUGCCAAGGCAUCCGAUGAGGAACUCUUGAAACGAUAUGCCAACCUCGUCAAACAACGCGAUAAUGCCGGUAGAAAACCCGUGGGAAAUUUACAAGAAAAGGUCAAACCACGCAAGAAAAUGCAAAGUCCCAAUAAUAAUAAAGGUGGAGAAAAGAGAAAACGGAGAUGA